UCACAACAUAGAACCAUAUAAUGAUGAAUAGCCUUAUCUGGCUCCCAAAAAACCCAACAUUCCAACCUGGAUGGGACCUAGAAGAAAUUCAUGCCACAUUUUUCAAAUGCAUAAGUUGGCAAAUGGAAGAAACAAUGGAUGCAAUCAAUUGCCCUUACCAUUAUGUAUGUGACAAAACUUACCCUCCAAAUUAUCAUCUUUCCAUUGAUAUCUUAGUCCUUCUCUUCACAACAAUUUCUUAUUUUUUGACUCUUUUCAUUGUGAUAAUGAAUAUUAUCUCAAGAAAAGGAACAAUAUUUUUUAGUCUAUCAAAAAGAUUUUUUUUACCAUCUGGUCCUAUAUCUCUUCCACUUAUAAUAUUAAUCUUUGGAAAGGGAAAUCAAAUCAACACAAUUUUCCCACUUUCUUGUAUUGGUCCAGCAAUUCUUCUAUUGGUUCUAAUUUCUGCAUUAUCCUUUGAUAAUGAAGCUGAUUAUAAGGAUAUUCAGUACACAUUUUUUGCAGCAUCAACAGUUUCUGGAAUUUUACAUGCAAGUUUAUAUUUAGAUUCAAUUGUGUUGCCUUAUUAUACCGGUUUCGACGCGUUGAUGUCUUCGACACUUUCAGGUGAAUGUGCAACAUGUGUAUGUAGGAAAGAAGCUUUGGUUGUUGGAGGGAAACUAGUAAAGUACAAAGGCUGGUCAAUGACAACAUUUUUUGUUGUUAGUGUUCUUUGUUUGAGGAUUAUAUGUAAAAUCUUUGGUGAAAAUGUGGGGAAAUUUGUGUCCAUGAUUAAAGUGUUGAUGGAAAGGUUUAGUUGGAUUUUGAUAAGUUUGGAUUGUGUUUAUUUGAUUGCAAAGUCACCACCAGAAAAAGUAAUGUUGAGAGUUGUUGCUUUUGGAGGCAUAUUUCUUUUGAUUUUGCUUCAUGUUCUCAAAGAGGCAUGUAGUCAAAUUUGUGCAAUGGCUUAUGUGGUAGAAAAAUUGAGAUUGGUGUCAAUGUCAACACCAAUAGCAUAAAUAAAAAAACAUGUAAUAUGAAAACGAUGGUUUUAAAUUGCGGUUUGCAAUAUAAAGAGUUUUGAGAUCUCUGCAAACAGAAUCACAACUACAAUUUCGAUAGCAUUGUCCAUAGAUUUCUGCUUCACAAGGUAACCGCGAUCACGAUUUAAAACGACGAUGAAAACCAAAAUGGAUUUAAGGAUAUCAAUAGCUUAUUUUUGUUGUAACUUGUAAAUUAAUCCUAAGCUGCUGUUUUAGAUGAUAUUGACAUUCUUUCUUUUAUGCAAAUUAAGUGUUUGUUUUUUCUUGA